AUGAUUGACUCGGCACUGGGGAACAAUGGUCAUAAUUCUGUCAACAAUGAUAUGGCUAGAAAAAACGAAAAUAAGCAAAAUAAUGGGACUAUCCGUUGUACAGCACGAAAAAUUUUCCCAUUAGCGGAUGAGAGAAUCGAGAAUUUAAUUUAUCCAAGCAUAACUUAUCAUUACUCGGUGAGCACAGACGCACGAUAUGUAUAUGUCAUCGGUGAGGAUCCCACGGAAUUGCGGUCUCAACUCUAUGUAUGGGAUUUACAUCGAGGAGUAGCACGACGCUACUCAGUCAUCAACUUUCCACCUUCUUUACAGAUGAAACAUCUAUAUGAGAUCGACUAUUUGGAAGGAAUACUGGUAUGUUGCAGUUCCGGAUGCUUCCACGUCUAUGCAGUUCGAUUUGAUCAUUCUCAGGAACUAAUCCGAAUUCGAAAAACCCUCUUUUAUCAACUGAACAACAACUCACACUUCUGGAGUUCCGCAAGAGCCUCUUCUGAACGAGGCAUCAUUUUCAUGUCCCAGCAUGAUCAAGUCCGAAAUUUUUACGUGGCUCAGAUUGGUUUGGAUACACCAAUGCGGUCUGUCAUCCUCACUGCACGCAUGUCUGGCUUGCGUUUUUGCGGUCAACCCUGGGUUGACGGUAACUAUAUGUAUUUAUUUGAAAGUGCCUCAAUAACAACCUAUGCAGAAAUGAAGUAUUUAACAGGCCGUUUAGUUCGGGCCAAUUUGCAUACUGGUGAACUGGAGAUUGUACGAACAAAAGCAACAGGCAUUAUUGAGAGCAGUUUACCAGCUGUUCAGCAACAAUUAGAACAAGGACUACCACAGGAUGCAACACCACCGCAAGUGACAGGUCUCACUACGCUUAUCAGACGCGUGAAACACGUGGGACGAGAUGGAUGGCUAUGGAUAAUAGCGGAGUUUGUAGAACCCUACGAUACCCUUAAUCAGGAUACUGCUCGUUGUGAGAUUUGUGUUGUGGAGAUGCAAACAUUAACGUGGUAUCGUUUGAAUUGGCUUCCUAGAUGUAAAUUUGAUGAACUAACACUGGAUGUCACUUGCAACGGUACUGUGGUUAUGCUUCGGAAAAAAAUGUUGCAAAUGGCUAAUCAAGCACAAGUCGAUUCGUUCCUACUGCUUUCCAGAAAUCCAGAAACGUUGCUUAUGCAAAGCUUUCGUGCAUUGAUUACUUAUUUUCCGUCUUGGAGAAAUCUGAAUUGGGAACAGAUGCAUUCCUUUGGCAUACCAACCUACCUACUCGUUCCUUGA